CGAGCUGCGAUACGCCGAGUGCUCAACAUCCGAGGACUUCGGCCCCGAGUAACCCCGCUCGCGUGACCUUUCCCCUCCAUCCCCCACCUCCCGGGGCCCGCCCCCGGCGCCCGCGGUGGUUGGGCGCGCGCACCCGUCCUCCUUCCCACCUCCCUCCCAACUUCGGCUCACCCCUCGGCGUCCCCUCCGCGCUUCUCCUCGUCAUGGCGGCGCUCAGCAAGUCCAUCCCUCAUAACUGCUACGAGAUCGGCCACACUUGGCACCCGUCCUGCGGGGUUUCCUUCUUGCAGAUCACGGGGGGCGCCCUGGAGGAGUCCCUGAGGAUCUAUAUCCCUCUGUACUUGAUUGCAGCAAUUCUCCGGAAACGAAAAUUAGACUAUUAUUUACACAGACUACUCCCUGAGAUCCUGCAAUCUGCUUCAUUUCUGACUGCUAAUGGGGCCUUGUAUAUGGCCUUCUUUUGCAUUUUAAGGAGGAUACUUGGAAAAUUCUACUCAUGGAGUCCUGGUUUUGGUGCCGCUUUGCCAGCAUCUUAUAUGGCCAUUCUGAUUGAAAGAAAAAGCAGGAGAGGGCUGCUCACAAUUUAUAUGGCCAACUUGGCCACAGAAACAUUAUUUAGAAUGGGCGUAGCAAGAGGAACCAUCACAACGUUAAGAAAUGGAGAAGUCCUUUUGUUCUGCAUCACAGCUGCCAUGUACAUGUUCUUUUUCAGUAGGUGCAAAGAUGGUUUGAAAGGAUUCACGUUCUCUGCACUUAGGUUCAUUGUGGGGAAGGAAGAAAUUCCCACACAUUCUUAUUCCCCAGAGACAGCAUACGCAAAAGUGGAACAAAAGACAGAAAAACAGGAGGAAAAAUCUAGAGGAAUGAAUAUAAUUGCCCUAGUCAGGAAGCUUGUGGAUUCAAUAUGUAAGCAUGGACCAAGGCAUAGAUGUUGCAAACACUAUGAAGAUAAUUGCAUCUCUUAUUGCAUUAAAGGUUUCAUCAGGAUGUUUAGCGUGGGGUACUUGAUCCAGUGCUGCCUCCGAGUCCCCUCUGCGUUCAGGCAUCUGUUUACAAAGCCCUCACGGCUGCUUUCUCUCUUCUACAAUAAAGAAAACUUUCAGCUUGGAGCUUUUCUGGGCUCUUUUGUUAGUAUAUACAAGGGUACUAGUUGCUUCCUGCGCUGGGUCAGAAACCUGGAUGAUGAACUGCAUGCUAUUAUAGCUGGGUUUUUGGCAGGAGUAUCAAUGAUGUUUUAUAAAAGCACAACAAUUUCCAUGUAUUUAGCUUCGAAAUUGGUGGAGACAAUGUAUUUCAAAGGCAUUGAAGCAGGCAAAGUUCCCUAUUUCCCCCAUGCAGAUACUAUCAUCUAUUCCAUCUCUACAGCAAUUUGCUUCCAGGCAGCCGUCAUGGAAGUUCAGAAUCUGCGACCGUCUUACUGGAAGUUCCUUUUAAGGCUCACCAAGGGCAGAUUUGCUGUCAUGAACCGAAAAGUCCUUGAUGUUUUUGGUACUGGUGCAUCUAAACACUUUCAGGAUUUUAUCCCUAGGUUGGAUCCAAGAUACACGACUGUAACGCCAGAGUUGCCCAUCGAGUUUUCUUGAAGAUGGCUGUAAUUUAUUCAUUGUGUCUUAACGUUCCAUUAUUUUAUCCUGAAGAGUUAAUUAUGUUGAACAAAAAGAAGGGGGCCUGAGCUUGAAUUUCAGUGUUAUUUCAAUGAGAGAUGCUCUGUUUUGUUUGUUUUUCUUACCAAUCAGAAAUACAGAAGCUUUUUAGGAAAGUGUUGCUUAAUAAUUAAGCUCCCUCUGUAGCCAGAAUCUGAUUCUAGAUCACUAUAGUGGUUGACAUUAUGAUAUAUUAUUGAUUAAAUUAUGUCAACAAGCAAUAUUAAAUAAUCUAUGUAAAAAAUAAGAUAUACUUAAAAUUACUUUAAACGAUGAUUUUAGUUCAUUCCAGGAUAAUUCUUGGUUAAAACUGAGAAUAUUUCUACAUUUUAGGAUACAAGGCUCAUGGGUACAUGGAUUUGGUCUGUACGUUUUUGGAACUUUUGACUUGGUGACUUGAGUAGUGAAAUGCUAUGGGUAUGAAGCGACUCUUCACAGACAAUGCUGCUUUAGUGUAGAGCGAUUUAAGUGGCCAUCCUUACUGCAGGGAUUCAGAGGCGGGUCUCUUACUGUCUGGAUAAAUGCCGUGGCAUCCACACUCUUCUUCCACGGGCACCCUCAUCUCUCUCCAUGGUCAGCCGGGCUGUUUUGCAGCCCAGAGAACCCAUGUGCUGAUGGCAGAUUAGGUACAAAUGGAAGUUGACAUAACUGAUAAAAUUGAAAUGUAUGUUUUAAUCUUUUGCAGAAAUAUUACACUUGAAUAUUUAAAAGCAAGUGAAAUUACUUUGAAACCUCCUGUAGGUUUGUUAUGCUUGCUUUCAUUUAUAAGGACUGAAUUUUUCAUAGCUAAAUCUGUAUGCCAUUGUCGACUUAGAAGGGAUCAGCAUUCUCUGAAACAGAAAUAGUUUGGGCAGGUUUGGCAGUUUUGUUUCCUCUCAGCUCUUUCACCUACACAGUGGAUGUUUUACAACUAAAAAGUGUAAAAAUCCAGUGGUUGUUCAAGAGUUCACUAUGUCACGAAUGGCCUUCAGGUUCUCUAGCCUCUUUUCAAAAAAACCGUUGUCACCAUUUUUACUCCUGUUAGAAUAAAGAAGUGACAGGAUCCGUCACCGCUGAUUUUGAGUUAGUUCAAGACAGAUGUGAUUGAAAAAGCAUCACUCUUAGGGUUUUUCAGAGGCUCAAGUGGUUGUGAUGUCUACAGUUAAUAUAGGGGUGAUGGUAUAUUUUUAAAUAUAAUUUUGUUGCCAAAAAGUUUUAAGCCAUUGUAAAUUAAUUAUGCAGUGGGACUUGUGUCGCAACAAGAAUUAUAACCCAGAAUUUAAAAAUGCUUAAUCCUCCAUAUUCAAUUUCAUCAAGCCUUGUACACUUCUGUUUACAUGUAAUCCUACCCUUGGUUGUUAUGGAAAAUUGAAACCCAACAGCAAGACAGACUCUGGUGCCAUGGUAACAGAGAGCGACUCUUUAAUUUGGGCAAAAUUUUGCAUUAUGGUUAACUUUUUAGAAUUGAUUUGUCUCUUAGGCAGUACUGUUUAAAAGAUCAUUUUGGUUUCAGACUUCAAAAUUGAUUAAUAAAUUAAGUUUUAAGUUUUUAUUCACUGGAAUCAAAAUGGUGAUUAGUACUGGGUUUACUUGUAAAAUGGAGCAUGACAGCAGGGGAGAAAGCUCUGCUGCCGGUACCUCAUUUUCUCCAUUUAGAAACUGUCUGUAACAUCUUUCUGCUGGUUUAAAGAAAAGACAUUUUCAUCCAUAAGUUGUUUUUACUGACAUUAAAAGGCUAUGAUAUUGGAAGACAAAUUCUACUGAACUAUGAUGGGGUUGGUGAAAUUUUACUGGUUUAAAAGGUGCGUUUUUAUGAUUUACUUUUUUAUUUCUUUUUUUUUUACACAUGACAGUGAUUUUUUAUUUUAUAUAAAAUGUGAAAUGAAAUAACCAUCAUGAACCAGAGUACAAUAGUGAAUGUACAGCUUGAAUGAUUACUUAACUGAUUUGCACUGGUGAAUAGAGAAGGCGGGUUUGACUUGAUUGGGACUGACUGCGAAGUGGAGUUGUUUGAGCAAACACACAGAAAGUAUUUUUGCGUUCCUGAAGACAAUCAAAAUGAAUCUCUCUCUACCUCUAACUAAUCAGGUAUUGACUGACAACUUGGCAUCAUAAAUAAAGGCAAAUAUAUGUCUCCAUUCCAAAAAUAUGUUUCUACUCCAUUUAUACGCUGAAUAGAUUUUGCGUAUGGUAACUUCCCACCAGAACUGAUUAUAUUAAAUAUUAAUAUGCCCCUUACAUUUCUUACAUCUUUAUGUCAAUUGAAAAACAGUGCAUUGUAGUAAUUAGUAGUUUUAUGGUUGUUUCAUUGCCAUUUCCUGUAUUAAUAAAAUCCUAGAGUUAGUACCAGCCAACUACAGACUGAACUUAUAAGAUAACAAAUGGUCUCAAAUCUGUUGGAUUCCUACCAGUUUUUCAUCAGAUAGUUUAAUUCCAUUUUAUUACUCAUUUCUGCAAUAAAACAUUUGGUUCAGUUA